AACGCGUUGAUUUCCCGGCCUGCUUAGGCAAGUCUCUGACUGGCGGACGGGCCAAGAGGCUGCACCUACAGUGGCCUCUCGGAGGCGAGGCAAGCUGGGCAGAAGCUAGUGGAUUCGCGUAGGGUUUCUCGCAGCCUUAGCAGCGCUUCCAGCUUUCGUUCAAGAUCUGAGUAGAAAAAGAAUGCGUCCAACAGAGCCCUUAGACCGGAGCACUCCCAGCUAGAGGCACCGGGACUCCUACCUUGAGCUUUCAGGCCUCUCUCAGCCCCAGUCUGACUUCUGAUAGAAGGAUGACAUUCGCGGCCCUCUGCUGAUUUUGCCGCACACACUGUUUACAUUUGGAAUUGGACAUGGAGGAAUCUUCCCCAAAAUCAUUGCUAAAUAUUUCCCUGCUUUAUUUGAGCACUCAUCUUGAAAAGUUUUGCUGGGAGAGACAAGAUGGAACCUACUGCUUACAAGAUGCUGCAAUAUUUCCUCAAGAGGUGGCAGACCGAUUGUUGCAGGCGAUGGCUGUUCAAAGGCAGCUAAAUGAAGUAACUGUAGGCAUUUUCCGUGGGAAUCAGUUGCGUCUGAAGCGUGCUUGUAUUCGCAAAGCAAAGAUCUCUGCUGUAGCUUUCCGAAAGGCUUUCUGUCAUCAUAAACUGGUAGAACUUGAUGCUACUGGUGUCAAUGCUGACAUCACUAUUACCGACAUCAUUAGUGGCCUCAGCAGUAGCAAAUGGAUCAGAGAGAACCUUCAGUGCUUGGUGCUGAAUUCUUUGACUCUGUCUCUAGAGGAUCCAUAUGAGCGAUGCUUUAGCAGAUUGUCUGGCCUUCGUGUUCUGAGCAUCACAAAUGUUUUAUUUUACAACGAAGACUUGGCUGAUGUUGCUUCCCUUCCUAGAUUGGAAAGCCUUGAUAUUUCUAACACUUCAGUUACUGACAUUACUGCCCUUGUUGCCUGUAAAGACAGACUGAAAUCCCUUACUAUGCACCAUCUAAAAUGUUUGAAAAUGACGACAACACAGAUUCUGGAAGUUAUCAGGGAACUAAAAAACCUAAACCACUUGGAUAUAUCCGAUGAUAAGCAGUUCACAUCCGAUAUUGCAUGCCGUUUACUUGAACAGAAUGACAUUCUUCUUCAUUUGGUUUCAUUGGAUAUAUCUGGGAGGAAGCAUGUUACGGAUAAAGCAGUAGAAUCAUUUAUCAAGCAGCGACCUCAGAUGCAGUUUGUCGGACUUUUAGCCACAGAAGCUGGAUAUUCUGAGUACCUUUCUGGGGAAGGGUGUGUGAAGGUGUCAGGAGAGGCAAAUCAGACACAGAUUGCUGAAGCUCUCCGUCGGUACAGUGAACGGUCAUUUUUUGUUCGUGAAGCUCUCUUUCACCUCUUCAGUCUGACUCAUGUAAUGGAUAAAGCCAACCCUGAGAUGUUAAAGCUUGUUGUAAUAGGCAUGAGGAACCAUCCAACAAAUCUUCCUGUUCAACUUGCAGCCAGUGCCUGUGUUUUUAAUCUCACGAAGCAGGACCUAGCUGCUGGCAUGCCUGUUAAGCUUCUGGCUGAUGUCACUCACUUACUUUUAGAAGCAAUGAAACACUUUCCCAACCACCAGCAGUUGCAGAAAAAUUGUCUUUUAUCCCUGUGUAGUGACAGAAUUCUGCAAGAUGUUCCAUUCAACAGGUUUGAUGCAGCAAAGCUUGUAAUGCAGUGGCUAUGUAAUCAUGAGGAUCAAAACAUGCAGAGAAUGGCAGUUGCAAUUAUCUCUAUAUUGGCAGCAAAGCUCUCUACUGAACAGACUGCCCAGCUUGGGGCAGAGCUAUUCAUUGUCCGGCAACUGCUUCAAAUUGUAAGACAAAAGACAAGUCAGAAUAUGGUGGACACCACACUGAAGUUCACCCUGAGUGCUCUUUGGAAUCUUACAGAUGAAUCCCCAACAACCUGCCGACACUUUAUAGAAAACCAGGGCUUGGAGCUCUUCAUGAAAGUUCUUGAGACGUUUCCUUCCGAGUCCUCCAUUCAACAAAAAGUUUUAGGCCUAUUGAAUAACAUUGCAGAAGUGAAGGAGCUCCAUUCCGAGCUCAUGUGCAAGGAUUUUAUUGAUCAGAUCAGCAAGCUGCUACAUAGCGUGGAAGUGGAAGUCAGCUAUUUUGCUGCUGGAAUAAUUGCACACCUUGUAUCUCGGGGAGAAGAGUCUUGGACAUUAAGUUCCAGCUUGAGAGAAACACUGCUUGAGCAGCUGCAUUCUGCUAUACUCAGCUGGCCAACACCAGAGUGUGAAAUGGUUGCCUACAGGUCCUUCAACCCCUUUUUCCCACUCCUGGCAUGUUUCAGGACUCCCGGUGUGCAGCUCUGGGCAGUAUGGGCAAUGCAACACGUGUGUAGCAAAAACCCUGUAAGAUAUUGCAGUAUGCUGAUUGAAGAAGGUGGUUUGGUCAGGUUGCACCGUAUAAGAGACCAUAUGUGUGCUGAUCCUGAUGUUCUGCGCAUUACUAUUGCCAUCCUGGACAACCUAGACAGGCACCUAAGGAAACAUGGCAAUCCUCCCUGCCCAAAACCACCAUUUGCCAAGUGACACAUAACCCAGCCACUCUGCUUUCACUUCCACUCAUUCGAAUACGUAUGGAUUUGUGUUGAAAAUGUAUUUUAAAAUCUGAACUGAUUUAAUGGAUAAAGUAGGAACAAAAUUGCAAUUAAGUUAAAAAUGGUUCUGCUUGGAGAAACUGGACAAGUGUACAUUUGCAUAGAUAGUAUUACAUGAUCAGAAUUCUGUAAUAGACUUUUCUCAUAACUAUUCCUGUAAUUUCCCAGCAAUUUGCACUGAUGCCAGAACUGGAUUUGCUAUCCACUGAACAAUUAUUGCAGCUGCUGCUGAUUUCCUUGUUUUAGACUGUACCAUUUUCACUGGAACUUGAGCAUUUGCCCUGCAUGUAAUGCAAUGGACGCAGUCCCUUGGUUUUUUUUUUGUUUUGUUUUUUUUUUCUCCAAUAUCUGUGUAAAAUACCUAUUUGAGUUCAUCCUCUCAUCUUCCCAGCCUACCCCUAUGAAAAUGUGUGCAUUGGUGUGUGCAAAAAUCCUUUCUGUUGAAAAAAGAAUCCUAAAUCCAUGAAGUUCAGCUAGUUAGAAAAAGUUACUUAUAGUCUUCCAGGGUGUUGCAAAAUAUAACUUGCUGUAUCCAUCCCCAGCUCAUCUAGAAGACUGAUGCUUUGAGCUGUAGUUCUGUCGCACUUGGAGGACCAGAACAUUUUUACCAAGUUCGUAGCAUGACCAAUAUAAAUAUGACACUGGGUAGCACCCAGGACAUUUGGCACCAAGGUUAUGCCAAAGGCCUAAGCUCAGACAGAAAAAAACAAACUUGAUGACGGAAUUUCAGGGUAGGUAGUAGGUAUAUCUUGUCCUUGGUGACUUAGUCCCUUAAACCAGAAACAUUUUGUAUGAAACUAUAUUGUAAGUCGAUCAGUGUGCUAGAUACUAGUCAUCAUGUUUUUCAACAAACAUUUCUAAAGCGUCAUCAUGGCUAUGUCCAUUUGAUACAGAUUAAAGGGAUAGUAACUCAUUCCAGGUUUUAACAGGAACAUGUCGCUAUGCAUACAUAAACCUUAGCGCUGCCAUUCUUUUCUAACUAAUGUGCCUCUCCUCCCAGCUUCCCCCCUUACUAAGAUGUGUUGGAUUCUGUCACGGCUUGAAGUUGAAUAGCUUCCUGACUGACUGCACACUUAGGGGUGGGACAACAAUCUGAUAGGCUGGAAGACAAAUAUAAACAGUGCUCUGCCCUCUGAGAACAAUGCCCAAGCUUGCCGUCACUUAGAAAGCUGUUCAACUUCAAGCCGUGCUGAUGACUGACACAGGUAAAUGGGGGGGGGGGGGGUAUAUGCAUUCGGUUUAAGUAGGUAUAGUGGCACAUUCCUCUUAGAAUUGUAAUGUGCUUCAGAAUUGGGCUACAGCCCUCAUCAUGCUUUAACCCUUGAGUAGUAUGUAUAGUUGUAGCAACUCUGAACAACAGAGUUUCGAUCCCCUUUUAAUGGUGGUUUCUUAUUUAUAAUUACUGGUGCUUUAAUGCGGUCAUAUCUUAUAUGGAACCAUCUGGUGGAAAUUGCCAAAAAAACAAAAAAUGCACAUAUAAAUUGGGAAUUUCCCUGUCCUGCUAGGACUGUCAGAGCUGACUGUGUUUGAUUUUCUCUACCAACCAACCACCGACUACCGAUGGUAGCUUGUGAUUUUCUGCUUUUUCCCCCUCAUUUAGAUCAUGGUUGGUUUUAACAAGCAAGAUGAUGUUGUGAGGCAAAAACCUAAAUUAGAGGCUUAGUAAAUCACAAUAUUUCAGUUCCUAUUCCAGUAUUCACUGAAUUGCAAAUUCUAAAGCAGUGUUCAGUAGAAAUUUGGCAUCUUUUAAGUGCAGUAUUAGGAUUUCAUGUCUUCAUGCCCUGUGUGGAGAUUGUUCUCUGUGUUACUGGUGGAAUGCGAUUUGUAGCAGUAUUACUAAAUAUUUCUCCCCUCCAUAUUGUAAAUAGGUAUUAUUUUAAAACCUUUUAGGAAAUGUUUUUUUUGUUUUUGAAUGGGAAUUGAAAAGUAAUAUAUUGACAAAUAUAUAAAAUAGAUUUUCAGAUAAGAUCUGGUUUUAGGCAUUUGUACAUUUUAGCAGAAUAUGAAACCGCACAGCUUAUUAUGUUUAAUUUAACUAUGUAGCAUAUGUUUAUAAAACAAAAUAUAGAAUGUUGGAUUUAUCUGCUGCUGAACGACUAUUAUGCUGCCUUUAGUAUAGUAUAUAUAAAUAAUAGAAAUAGCCGUGGGAGUAAAUCUAGCACAUGAUCAGACCUUUAACUCAAGUUUAGUAUAACCGGCACAAUCUUAUAUGCUUUGUACAAGAUGUGGCACCCUAAAAAUUAUCAUCAAAAUUGGUCUGUUAGUGCCUGAAAACAAUAAAAAAAAAUUGUAAAGUUUCAGUCAAAAAAUUUGAAUUUCCUUUAGUGGGCUAGUUGUCUGGCUGUAGUUAACUUAUUUUACUACUUGUUUCAACAAAGUGGUAGAGGAGUAUGUAAGCAAUUUGCAUCUUCAGAAAGACAAAUUUUACCAGGAAAGCAGAUAAUGGUGGAGAAAGCCCAGCAGUUGGUGAUUUGUUAUAUAUGUAUAAAGGGCCAACAGUUUCCCCACAAGUAAAGCAUCAUUGCAGUUACUUCCUUAAUAAACAACAAACAUUCUAUAUA